GCGCAGCGGGCGGAGCCUGCGGAAGUUCUAACGGGAAGGUCUUUUUGUUUGGGCCACAGAGACACUCGUCACUUGCUUUGAUUCCCCUGGUUAACAACCGUUUUUUAUCUGCAUUAAUUUCGAGUGUCUUUUAUGAAUAAUCAAAAGCAGCAAAAGCCAACGCUAACAGGCCAGCGUUUCAAAACGAGGAAAAGAGAUGAAAAGGAGAGAUUUGACCCUACUCAGUUUCAAGAAAGUAUCGUACAAGGCUUGAAUCAAACUGGCACUGAUUUGGAAGCGGUUGCGAAGUUCCUUGAUGCCUCUGGCGCCAAGCUUGACUACCGCCGGUAUGCAGAGACACUCUUUGACAUCCUGGUGGCCGGUGGAAUGCUGGCCCCAGGCGGAACUUUAUCUGACGACAUGACCCGCACCGAGUUCUGCCUCUUCACGGCACAAGAAGACCUGGAGACAAUGCAAGCAUAUGCUCAGGUUUUUAACAAGCUGAUCAGGCGUUAUAAGUACCUGGAGAAGGGUUUCGAAGAGGAGAUCAAGAAGUUGCUGCUGUUUCUUAAGGGGUUCACUGAGUCUGAGCGCAACAAGCUGGCCAUGCUGACUGGCAUCUUGCUGGCCAAUGGCAACAUAUCAGCAACAAUCCUGAACAGCCUCUUCAACGAGAACCUCGUCAAGGAGGGAGUAUCUGCAGCCUUCGCUGUCAAGCUGUUCAAGUCAUGGAUCAAUGAGAGGGACAUCAACUCAGUUGCUGUCAGUCUCCGCAAAGUCGGCAUGGACAACAGGCUGAUGGAACUCUUUCCUGCCAACAAACGGAGCUGCGAACAUUUUUCUAAGUACUUCACCGACGCUGGGCUGAAGGAGCUGUCCGACUUCGCCCGCAACCAGCAAUCCAUUGGCGCCCGCAAGGAGCUGCAGAAGGAGCUCCAGGAGCAGAUGUCCCGUGGUGAACCUCAGAAGGAGAUUAUUGCCUUCACCAAAGAGGAGAUGAAAAAGGCCAACCUCUCUGAGCAGACCAUGAUCAGCAUCAUCUGGACCAGCGUGAUGAGCUGCGUGGAGUGGAACAAGAAGGAAGAGCUGGUGACCGAACAAGCCAUCAAACACUUGAAGCAAUACAGCCUUCUGCUGAAAGCCUUCACCUCCCAGGGUCUGUCCGAGCUCAGCCUGCUGCUGAAGAUCCAGGAGUACUGCUACGACAACAUCCACUUCAUGAAGGCCUUUCAGAAGAUUGUGGUGCUCCUCUACAAAGCGGACGUAUUGAGCGAAGAGGCCAUACUGAAGUGGUACGCUGAUGCCCACCUCACCAAGGGGAGGAGCGUUUUCCUCGAGCAGAUGAAAAAAUUUGUCGAGUGGCUGAAGAACGCUGAGGAAGAGUCAGAAUCAGACGAAGAGGAGACCGACUAAAACCUCCACCACCAGUUGAGCUUUUUUUCCCCCCGUUUUCAUUUUUUUUUUUUUUAUAAGUAGCAGCAGGAGCAGUAAAUUGUCUCUCCCCCCCCCCCGCCCCUUCUUUCUCUUCUACCUCCUGUUACUUGUUUAUUCCCAUACCCUCUCUUCCACCACUCCAACACAUUUAGUCGUUAUUUUAACAAAAUAAAGGGCUCAGUCCUUAUUCGUAACAUGUUUGGGUAUCGCGGCUCACAGUGGAAGUGGAAACUGAUGAAUACUCCCCUCUUUUUCUUUUUUGGUAUUAUUGUUGUAAUCCCUUCUGUAAUUUGGAUACAAAACAUUCCGUGUGAUCUCGAUGGCCGCUUGUAUGAAUCUGAAGCAGGAUUUAUUUAAUAUUCGAGUUCACAUUUUUGCCAUGCGAGGCAGACGAAAAUUUUGCCAAAGCUCUUUUCUUUUUUUAAAAAAAAAUCUCCCCUUUAACUUUUUGUUAUUUUUGCCCAGCUCAUGUUUUGGCUCCUGUUGGGUCUUAAACUUAGCCUUUUCUUGACUUUUGGGUAAACCUGUAUGGCGUGUCGAGGUCGCUCUGGUCAGUCCGUCAGAAGACACGCGGGCUGUAAGAUGCCUCGCCAGCUAACUGAUUAUUAUUGGUUUCUACUUUCUUUAAUCUGAUAUAAACCAAUUGACUUUUUUAUGAAAUAAAGAAAUAAAGAUUAUUGAAAUGC